AUGGAGCUACCCAUCAUCCUUUGUGCUGUGAUGGUGCUGCUAAAUACCAGUGGUGCAAAAGAGGGUCAACACAUCAUGGCUGGUGCUGUCACGUACUAUGGGGAGAUUGGGAGGAACAUCACUCUGAGUUGCAACGUCUCAGCCAGUGAAGCGGCAGAGUGGAGGCUGAACAACUCGCAGAUCACUGAGACCACAGAGGUUCAUCUGACUGGAAACGACCUCGCCAUCUUCAGUGCUCAUCCAUCCAAGGAAGGGGAGUACAGCUGCCACAGCCUGGAGACAGGCAACACUUACAGCAGAAUCUAUUUGCUACUGGGAUAUGUCCCAACAAAACCCCAACUCAGCUGUUGGUCAGUCAGAUACCCAUUGAACGUGGUCUGCACCUGGAAUCUGGAGAAGCCAACCAACCUCCCCACUGAGAUGAACACCACAUACAGUUAUGGAAGAGAAGGUGUUAAAACCUGCUCGAGUGCCGGGCCGCUGCGGGGCAGCUGUACAAUAAAGGACAUCAAACUAUUUUCGAAGAUUCCCUACAAGGUGAUAGUGACAGCAACAAACCCCCUGGGAUCCCGAUCCACCAUUAAAGAAUUCAUUGUGGAGAAGAUAAUUAAACCGGACCCGCCGGCUGAUGUCAGCCUUUCUCCAGUACCCAACCAACGUAAGAAGCUGCUGCUCCAAUGGAAGCCUCCUGCAACCUGGCCCAAUCCACAGCUAUUCAUGCUGAAAUAUAUAAUAAGAUACUGGCAAGCAGGAUCCAACAGACCCAGAAUGAUUGAGAUCCACAAUCUCACCAACUACACUCUGAGUGGCCUGCGAUCCAGAGCAGUGUACUUCGUACAAGUGGCAGCAAAGGAUUUUGUUGACAAUGGCCAACCCAGUGAGUGGAGCCCGACCGUCUCUGCACGCCUGUGGUCCAAGGAGUGACACUGGCUCCUCUGAAUCUAUGCAUCUUCCUGCUGGUAACUUAGUUUUACUAGCAUCUACAGUCGGAAGGAGUAGAUGUGUAGACUUGGAGCGUUUAUCUAAAGAGUUCCUAUCGAGGCAUAGUGUCCGCAAUUUAGAACAUCUCUUCUUUGUGAAUCAAACGCUUCUUAAAAUGUUGAGGUAUAUAUAAUGCUGUGGGCAGCAGUGACAUGUUUGUGAAUUAAAUCCUCGUUUGUUCCAUAAAAUCACAGGCAGGGGGCGUCAUUGUGAAGAUUGGUGCACUCUCCUCCCUGUCCUUCCAAUGAAUCCAUCAUACAGUAAACCCUUGUUUCAACUGACCUCUUUAAAACUGAUUUUAGUUACAGUGGACGGACCUACUGAUGGCUGGCAACACCACCCCCGACCCGCAUUGCCUCCCCGAUCACUUCAGGCUGGACCCACUACUGCAACUGCCAGCCCAAACAGUGUCCUCGGCCACUUCCAGGCCACAUCUGCCAUCUCACAUGCACUCCGGCAGCCCGCGGGUCACGACCAUUGACUUCACCAAUUCUUCCCAUUCCUGCGGCCACCAGCAGGCUUGCCAUCAACUCACAUGGAUUCAGGGCCUAGUUCCAGACUGAGUCUGAAGAAGUCUUGACCCAAAAUAUCACCUAUCUAUGUUAUAGGAGACAAUUGGC